AUGAAUAUUAGAAAACCCCUACACUUGCAGUCAAGAGGGAUGAAUAAAGCUUAUUUGCCACCAGCACAAUUCACAAUGACCAAGGAUGAGAAAUAUUUGUUCUUGAAAAUGCUUAAGGACGUUAGAGUUCCUAACGGGUAUUCAUCAAAUAUCUCUCGUUGUGUACGAUUACAGAAUAAAAACAUUUCGGGUCUAAAGAGCCACGAUAGUCAUAUUCUGAUGCAACAACUUAUUCCUUUGGGUGUACGAGGAUUGUUGCCUAAGAAUGUUGUUCAAGCCUUGAUUGAAUUAAGUAAUUUCUUCAGACAAUUGUGUUCCAAAGUAAAUCGUCAAACAGAUGUAGCAAAUAUCCAACGUCGUAUAGCACUAACACUUUGUCAUUUGGAGAAAAUAUUUCCACCAGCUUUUUUUGAUAUAAUGGAGCAUCUGCCUAUACACCUAGGUGAUGAAGCAUUGGUGGCUGGAGCGAUUCAAUUUCGAUGGAUGUAUCCAAUCGAGAGAUAUCUUCUUACUUUAAAGCAAUAUGUACGUAAUCGGGCUCAUCCAGAAGGUUCAAUGGCUAAAGGUUAUCUCAUGGAAGAAUGCAUGAAUUUUUGCUCUCAAUAUCUGAAUGAUGUGGAAACUAAAUUGAAUCGGCUUGUAAGGAACUACAAUGGUGCAGCUAAUAUGGGUCGUGCUGUUGGUGAAACCAUAACUUUCAACCUUGGUCAUACUUCUUAUGUACAGUGUCAUCGAUAUAUCUUGUUCAAUACGAAAGCAGUUGAACCAUUCCUAAAGAAACACCUUGAAGAACUUAAGAUGAAAAUGCCUCGUGCUGAUGAUCAUCAACACCGAAAUGAACAUUUCAAAACUUUUCACACUUGGUUUAAAGAACAUGUUCACACUUUGCGAAGGACUGAUAAUGCCAUAUUUUCCGAAGAGAUUCAUACAUUGGCAAAUGGUCCUCAUACUGGAGCAAGAAGGUUCACCGGUUACAUAACUAAUGGGUUCCAUUUUCGGGUCAAGUCUAUGGAUGACCGUCGAGCCAGUCAAAAUUCUAGUGUAGCUUUGAAAGCAGAUACUAUUAGUUAUGCAAGCCAGAAGGACAAAAAUCCUCGUGUGGGGGCUGUGUACUAUUAUGGACAAGUGACAGAUAUCAUUGAAAUCCGGUACACCAAUGCAAUGAAGUAUGUAUUGUUCAAGUGUGACUGGAUAGACAAUGUUCGGGGUAAGAAAAAAGAUAAUUUCAAGUUCACGUUGAUUAACUUCAACCAUUUGUUGUAUCGAGAUGAUCAAAUCGCCAACGAACCUUUCAUCUUGGUAUCCCAAGCUGAGCAAGUUUGGUAUGUUGCAGACCCUAUAGAAUCAGAUUGGCAAGUGGUUGUGAAGAUGUCUCAAAGGGGUUUAUUUGAUAUGUAUUCUACUGAUCCAGAAACUGAGCCAUAUAUGAGUCAACAAUUACAAGAAAAUAUAAUGGUCCGUGAUGAAGAAGUUGGCUGGGUGAGGGAAGUCGUAGAAGGAGAAACUGUUGAUGUUGAAAUAAGAGAGAAUUAA